UCGUGCGUAUCCACUUCCGGUUCUGAUCUGCACAAUGUGUGCAUUUUCUUUGUUAUGGCGGGUUUUCGUGUAACAUACACAUUUGUCUGAACAUUUUGUGUGUUUACUAGAGGGGAUCGUUAUCAGGCCUUCAACAAUGGCAGACAUUAAAAACUUCCUGUAUGCUUGGUGUGGGAAAAAGAAGAUAACGCCAAACUAUGACAUCCGAACAGCUGGAAAUAAAAACAGACAGAAGUUCACGUGUGAGGUGCGUGUCGAGGGUUACAAUUACAUCGGUAUGGGAAACUCCACAAACAAGAAGGAUGCCCAGUCCAACGCUGCCCGAGAUUUUGUGAAUUAUCUUGUCCGAACAAAAGAGAUCAAUGCUAAUGAAGUUCCUGCUGUAGGGGUCAGUGUGCCAGAUGGAGGAAAUGAAGAAGGUGGUGGGUUUGGAAACCUCCCAUCCAACUGUCCACUACCUCCACAUCUGGCUGUGAAAAAUGAACCAAGUGACGGGCCUAAUGAACCUCAGCGUUCUGCACCUGUCCGUGGAGUUACUGGUUUGGGCUACUCAGGCUUUGGUAAUGCUCAAUGGGAGCGAGGAGCUAACCUGCAGGAGUACUACUCCAAGCGAGAUGACCAGGAAGCCAAAGCGACCUUAGAAUCGGAGGAGGUUGAUCUGAACGCUGGCCUGCAUGGGAACUGGACUCUGGACAAUGCAAAGGCUCGUCUGAACCAGUUUUUUCAGAAGGAGAAAAACCAAACUGACUACAAAUAUAGUCAAGUGGGGCCUGACCACAACAGGAGUUUUAUUGCUGAGAUGACACUCUUCGUGAGACAACUGGGUAGAAAGAUUUUUGCCCGUGAGCAUGGUUCUAAUAAGAAGCUGGCCGCCCAGUCUUGUGCUCUGUCUCUUGUCCGUCAGCUUUACCAUUUGGGGGUUAUAGAAUCCUAUACGGGGCAGACCAAGAAGAAAGAGGGAGAAAGUGUGGAUGUAUAUGAAGUGAAUCUUAGUGAUGAUCUUCAUCAUCAAGUGCAAAGUUUUGUGCAGGAACUUGCCAUCCAAAUCCCUCCACCUCCUCAGGACCCCAGCAGUCCGGUUUCUCUGGUGCAGGGGAAGUUGGCUCACUUUGAGCCUUCACAGAGGCAGAGCAUGGCAGGAGUGGUGCCAUGGUCUCCUCCGCAGGUCAACUGGAACCCCUGGACCAGCAGCAACAUCGAUGAAGGACCACUGGCAUUUUGCACCCCAGAACAGAUCAGUGGAGACCUGCAACAUGAGCUCAACAUUCAACUCGAGCAGGACAAGAACCUGCAGACGAUUCUUUCAGAGCGAAAUCACCUGCCAGUGAAGAACUUUGAAGAACAAAUCAUGUCCGCCAUCCACAAUAACUCUGUGGUCAUCAUUCGUGGAGCCACAGGCUGUGGAAAGACCACCCAAGUUCCUCAGUACAUCUUGGAUGAGUUCAUACAUGGAGGCAGAGCUGCUGAAUGCAAUAUCAUUGUUACGCAGCCGAGACGGAUCAGUGCUGUGUCAGUGUCAGAACGUGUGUCUUUUGAGAGAGGAGAGGAGGUGGGAAAAAGCUGUGGCUACAGUGUGCGCUUUGAGUCUGUCUUACCCAGACCUCACGCCAGCAUCCUCUUCUGCACAGUUGGUGUGUUGCUGAGGAAGCUCGAAUCUGGUAUCCGUGGCAUCAGUCAUGUGAUUGUGGAUGAAAUCCAUGAGAGGGACUUAAAUACUGAUUUCCUGUUGGUAGUGUUGAGAGAUGUAAUCCAGGCCUACCCUGAAGUGCGCAUCAUCCUUAUGUCUGCCACCAUUGACACCACUAUGUUUAGAGAAUACUAUUUUAACUGUCCAAUCAUCGAGGUGCAUGGACGUGCACAUACCGUACAAGAGUAUUUUCUGGAAGACUGCAUCCAGAUAACCCAGUUUGUACCACCACCUAUGGAUAGAAAGAAAAAAGAUAAGGAUGAAGAUGGUGGAGAGGAAGAGGUGAACUGUAAUGUUAUCUGCGGACCUGAGUAUACUCCAGAGACCAAGCGUGCCAUGUCUCAGCUGAAUGAGAAGGAAACUCCAUUUGAGCUGAUAGAGGCUUUGCUGAAGUACAUUGAAACGCUACAAGUGCCUGGAGCGGUGCUGGUCUUCCUGCCAGGCUGGAACCUCAUCUAUUCCAUGCAGAAACAUUUGGAGAUGAACCCGCACUUUGGUGGUCGUCAUUACAAAAUUCUGCCCCUCCACUCUCAGAUCCCCAGGGAUGAACAAAGGAGAGUGUUUGAACCUGCUUCUGAUGGUGUAACUAAGGUGAUUUUGUCCACCAACAUCGCAGAGACCAGCAUCACCAUUAACGACGUGGUCUUCGUCAUCGACUCCUGCAAGCAGAAAGUGAAGUUGUUCACCUCUCACAACAACAUGACAAACUACGCCACAGUGUGGGCCUCCAAGACCAACCUUGAGCAGAGGAAGGGACGAGCUGGUCGAGUCAGGCCAGGCUUCUGCUUUCACCUGUGCAGCAGAGCUCGUUUUGACAAACUAGAGACCCACUUGACUCCAGAAAUCUUCCGCACACCACUGCAUGAGGUGGCACUCAGCAUUAAGCUACUAAGACUUGGUGCCAUUGGGCAGUUCCUUUCCAAAGCUAUUGAGCCCCCUCCAUUGGAUGCUGUUAUUGAGGCAGAACAUACACUUAGAGAGCUGGAUGCUUUAGACUGUAAUGAUGAGCUGACUCCACUGGGACGCAUUCUGGCCAAACUCCCAAUAGAACCUCGUCUGGGAAAGAUGAUGAUCAUGGGAUGCAUCUUUAAUGUUGGAGAUGCAGUAUGCACCAUCUCAGCAGCAUCCUGUUUCCCUGAGCCCUUCAUCAAUGAGGGAAAACGCCUUGGCUUUGUCCAUAGGAAUUUUGCUGGUACACGUUUCUCAGACCACGUGGCUUUACUCUCUGUCUUUCAGGCCUGGGAUGAAGUCAGAAUGGGAGGUGAAGAUGCAGAAAUCAGGUUUUGUGAGCACAAGAGGCUGAACAUGCCAACUUUAAGGAUGACCUGGGAGGCCAAGGUUCAGCUGAAAGAUAUCCUUGUUAACGUGGGCUUCCCUGAAGAGUGCCUCAUGAAUCAAAUGUUUAACAAUGUGGGACCAGACAAUAACUUGGAUGUGGUGAUCUCUUUGCUGACGUUUGGCUCUUACCCCAACGUGUGUUACCACAAAGAGAAAAGGAAGAUCCUAACCACAGAGGGCCGAAAUGCUCUCAUUCACAAAUCCUCAGUCAACUGUCCUUUCAGCAACCAUGAUAUGGCUUACCCAUCUCCCUUCUUUGUCUUCGGGGAAAAGAUCCGAACUCGAGCCAUCUCAGCCAAAGGAAUGACUCUUGUCAGCCCUCUUCAGCUUAUUCUUUUUGGCUCAAAAAAGAUCACCUCCAAUGGGGAAAUUGUUGAGCUUGAUGACUGGAUCAAAUUGCAGAUUCCCCAUGAUGUAGCUGGUGGUGUAGCAGCCCUGAGGGCAGCUAUGGAAGCCCUAGUGGUGGAGGUGACCAAAGACCCAGAAUACAUUAGAAAUUUGGAUCCCCUCAAUGAGCGCUUGCUGAACGUCAUACGGCUUGUGUCUAGGCCAUCAUCAGCGGGCAUCAACCUCAUGGCCACUAACCAACGAUUUGGAGAUGGGCCACGGCCACCCAAGAUGGCCCGUACUGACUUCGGAGGGGGUGGAGAGUUCAGGGGCCGAGGCAGAGGAGGAUACAGGGGAGGUGGUGGCGAUGGAGGAUACAGAGGUGGUGGAGGCAGCUUUAGAGGGUCCGGAGGAUAUCGUGGUGGGGGUGGAUACAGGGGAUCUGGAGGAUACCGGGGGGGUGGUGGAGGUGGUGGUGGAUACAGGGGGGGUGGAGGUGGUGGAUACAGGGAGGGUGGAGGUGGUGGAUACAGGGGGGGUGGUGGAGGUGGAUACAGGGGGGGUGAAGGAAAUGGAGGGAGGGGAUUCAGAGGAGGCUGGGGAGGAGAUCGAGGUGGCUUUUAA